AUGGCGUCAGGAACGAGUUGGCAGCAAGACUAUUAUGGUACUGGCAAUUCAUCCUCUGGGCCAGGGAAAUAUAAUCCUGAAAUAAUAUCAUCGAAAAUGUCUUACCAGCAGUCGAGCCUAACCACGGAAUAUACCAAAGAUAUGCACCUGAAAAUGAGCAAGAAAAUAGCACAGCUUACAAAGGUGAUCUAUGCACUCAAUACCAAGAACGACGAGCAGGAAGCGGACCUCCAGGCCCUCAAGGAGGCACAUGAUGAGGAGGUGCAGCAGAUCCUGUCAGAAACCCAGGAGAAGAUCCUGGAAUACCAGAUUCGCAUCGAUGAGGAGACUGACCUGAGGCGAAGGCUCCAGUCGCUGGAGGAGUCUGCUGAGCUCCACGAGCGGGCCAAGCGGCAGGCGCUGGCUGAGUUUGAGGCCUACCGGCAGCACGUGGAGGGCUCCCAGUUAUGCACUGAGGUGCAGCACACCCAGCAUAUCAUCGCUGCCUCUGGCGAGGCCGAGGAGAUGUGCCGGGACUUUGAGGAAAGCCUCCAUGUCUUCAAGCAGACCCGGUCCCGUCUGGAGUGUGACAAGUGCUGUACCUUAGAGGAGCUUCUCCAUGCCCAUGCCGAGGAGCCUGAGGAGCCCAGCCUACUCCACCGGGCUGAGGCAGAGUCCUUGGUGGAACUGAUGGAGGGCCUCCGGCAAGACCGGCAGCGGCUGGCAGAGGAGUAUGAGGCCCGGCUGUGUGAGGCCCGGGCCUUCUACGAGCAUGAGCUGGAGGCUGCCAAGCGCACUCAGCGGUUGACUGCCGAAAGCCUGCUGGCCUGGAAGAAGACAGAGGCAGAGCUCCGGAAGGAGUUCCAGGUGCAAGAGGCGGGACUCCAGCGGGCACUGGGAAAAAUGCGGGCAGAACUGCAAAGGGUGCAGGAGGAGGCCCGGGAGAACUGGGAGAAAUCCAACAGACAGCAGACCUCACUGAACACUGCUGAGAGCAUCAUCCGGGACCUGCACAGGCAGCUGGAUGAGGCAGUGCAGGAUAGAGAGAUUACUGCAAUUCGGCUGCAGGAGACUGACUGUGAACUGGAAGCAUCCCGGGACAGAGUCCAGCAGCAGGCCACAGAGAUCCUCCUCAAAGCCAGCCAGGUUGGCUCUCUACAAGCCAUACAGGUGACCUACGAGGCAUCCCUUCGUGAGCUGGAGCUAGAGAAGUCCUGUCUGAAGGAAAAAGUCCAUCGGCUGGAGGAAGAGCGAGGGGCAGUCCUGAGCAAGAGCCAGGCACUUGAUGAUCAGCAGAAGGAGGAGAUCCUUGCCCUGGAGAAGACACUUAGAGGGGAGAAGAAAGCCCAUGAAAAGGAGGUAACAGACAUGCGCCUCAAGUAUGAGAAGGAAACAGUUCGUCUGAAGGAGGACCAGGCCCACAUUUUAGCAAAGCUGUCUGAGAAGCAUCAGGCCAUGCUGGAGACCACACAGAAUUCCGCUGAGAAGGACAAACGUCUUCUGCUGGCUGAGAAGGAGCAGCAGUUUGAUAAAGAACGAUUCUCAUUGGAGGAGCAGAAGACUUGUCUCCGAGAACAACUGGAAACCCUGGGCCAGGAGCUUAGCAGUAAGCUCAACACAACAAAUCAGGAGAUGACACACCUGCAGGAGAAGGUGCAUCAGGGUGAGCUGGCCUUCACUUCAGCCCAGAGCCACAUUGCUAGUCUGAAAGCAGCCCAAGAGAAGCUGCUGACUGAGCUUGAUGCCACCAGGGCUCGACUGAGGGAGACCAGCAACCUCUUGACUGCACUACAGAGUCAGAUGGAGACCCAGAAAGAGGAGCAUGAGGCCAGGCUCGUUGCUGUGAAAACUGAGGAGAAGCUGAAAAUGGACAAGACUGCCUUGGAUUUGGAGCUCAAAUGGACUGAGACCCUAAGACAGGAGUGUAAGAAACUGAGGGAGGAGUUAAGGGAAGAACAUGAAGAGGAGAAGCGGGCGGCUCUGGUAGAGCUGUCCCAACUGAAGGACCAGGAGAUGAGUGUUGCUAGAGAGGGCUGGCAGAGGAGAGGGGAGGACCUGCUGGAGCAGAUAUCACUGCUCAAACAGAGCCUGGAGCUGCAGCUGUUGCAGUCCCAGAAAUCCCUGCAGCAAUUACAGGCCCAGUUCAGUCAGGAAAGGGAGCAUCUGAGCCAGCAACUGCAGGAGCUGAACCAGGAGCACCAGCAGAGGGAGCAGGGCCUGAAAGAGACCCACCGUUAUGCCACCCACAGACAGGAGGAGGCUCACCAGCUGGAAAUCAAGGAGCUGGAGGCAUGUCUGAGACUGAAGCAGAAGAAGGACCUGCAGUCGAUGAGAGAGGGGCACCGGCGGAGUUUGGAGACACUGCAUCAGCACUCAGAGCAGGAGCUUCAGACGCUGCGCUUCGAGUUGGAAGAUGAGGGCAAGGCCAAACUGGCAUCCCUGCGCUCGGAGCUGAAUCACGUCCAUGCCUCAGCCAUCGAGCACCUGCGCCAGACCCAGCAACAGGAAACAGCUGCUGCCAAGCUGGAGCUGAAUCACAUUCUGGAGCAAACCCAGAAACAAGAGAGGGAUCUUACGGGACAGAUUGUGGAGCUGCAGGAGGAGCUGAGCAGCAGGAGGAACCGUAUAACCAACCUGGAUCAUGAGAUCCACUCUCUCAAUGAGACCAUAAGCACACUCACCAAGGAGUUGGAGCUCAAGGGCCAAGAAGUACUCAGGAUUCGUAGCGAGGCCAGCCAACAAAUGAGGGCCCAUGAGCAGGACCUGCUGAAGAAGCAUGAGAGGGAGAUGGGCGAGCUGAAUGCAACUCACAGCAAGGACAUGCAGAACAUGCUGUCAGAUUUCAACAAGGCUCAGGAGCUGCUGAAGGACAAGAUCUCUGCGCUGCAGAUCUUGUAUGUGUAUGUGCACAUAUGUGCAUGCCCUUGUAGGCUUGAGGGUACAGAGAACAAAUUCCGGAAAAGAGAGAGUCGGGCUGAGGAUCUCCAGGCGAUUGCGGAGCUAAAGGACAUGGUGUCAGAGAGAGAAGCACUGGUCAAGAAGCUAGUGGAUGACAAAAAAUUCUAUCAGCUGGAGUUGGUGAACAGAGAGACUAACUUCAACAAAGUGUUCAACCCCAGCCCCAAUGUUGGCGUCAUUAACCCCCUCGUAAAGCAAAAGAGAAAGAAUGACAAGUCAGGGAACAGAUUCACCAGCUCUCCAAGUCUAGGCGCUCUGGAAUUGUCUGGGACAGGGAGAGGGCCUCCCCCUCCCAGCCAUCUAGACCCUGCCCCCAACUCCCCAAUUCACCACCCUGAGCUCGACACUAUCAAACCUGUGUCCCCAUCAAACCCUCCUCUGAAAGAGUCCACCAAACUCACGAGUGCAAACCUCUGUGGAAAUGACACAAUCAGUUUGGGGGAAAAGAACAAUGCUCCAAGGGCUUUUUAAGGGCAGCGGAUCAGAGCAUGCAACAUUAUGGUCAUUUGAAUAUUUAUGGACGUGCACAUGCUUGUGUAGUUUUUGAUUAAUUUUACUACCUUAUUGUUCAGUAUAUACUGCAUGUCAAUUAUCAUCAUUUAAAAUCACGUCUUACACAUUUCAUCCCAUACUUUUUUCUUUUAACUUUUAUCUAUGAUUGGAGUGGUCAGUUUUAUAAGCUGUGCCGUUGCAGUGUCCACAGUCAGUUCUGAGUUCAUAUUAGCAUGUGAGUCUCCAUCAUUUGGUUUUUGUAUUUUUCCAUUGGAAUGAAUGUGGAGGUAUAACCAUAAAAAUAAUGCAUAUUUUGAAUUGUCCCCCUUUUUUGUCGUUGAAUCUCUGCCUUUUCAUAAAUUAAACCUUGUUUGUCUUGUGCUCACUCCUUUUUUGAUGAGCAAUGUUGACCAACCAUUUGGCAUGUGAUGUUAUGCAAUUUAAGGUGUUUGGCAUGUGUUGCUACGUAGCUUGUAUUUGCAUGCAGCUGUGAAUAUGACAGCAUUGUCCAAAACAGGGUAGAUUGGUUACCAUGGAACUGUGGCAUCUAUAUAAAGACUGGGGUAUACUGAAACUUGGUGAUUUAAUGCAUUUUUAUCCAUUGAUUGAAACUUUAUAGCUAAAAAUAAUAAAUGGUCUUAUUACAAUUUUAACAGGCUACGUAUAUGGUCAUUUCUUAGCCAUAUAAUUUGAAUCUUAAGAACUGGAAUUAAAACUGUUUGAUGU